UGUCACCUUAGCAACGCUCUUCGGCGUCCCUGACGUUGCAAGGGUUUGUGGGAAUCCGAGGCCGAAGGGUUGAGCGACCGCCCUUUUUGUAGCGACGAGUCUAGAACAGUGGUACAUACGUCGAGAGAAAUAUUAUCGUAGAACAACUUUUCUAACCACCGUAACCAAACUUAAGAGAGGGAUCAGGUGAAUAAUGGCGGCUGAAGUGGAGGGGGUGUUCGAUCAAGACAAUGAGUACCCAGCACAUUACAAAGUCAUGAUGGACAAACUUAAUGAACAACGACAGCUGGACCAGUUCACAGACAUUACUUUAAUUGUGGACGGACACCAGUUCAGAGCCCAUAAAGCAGUGUUGGCUGCAUGCAGUCAGUUUUUCCACAAGUUCUUCCAGGAUUUUAACCAGGAGCCACUGGUGGAGAUAGAAGGAGUGAGCAACACAGCCUUUAGCCAGCUGAUGGAGUUCACUUACACAGCCACACUAGCUGUAGCUGGAGAAGAGGAGGCCUACGAUGUCUGGAAGGCUGCUGAAUACCUCCAGAUGCAGGAAGCCAUCAAGGCGCUCAACAAUAAAAUUAAUGAGAAUUCCUCAGUCAUGGCAAAGAGCAAAGGUAAAAAGAGGAAGAUUGCUGAAACAUCUAAUGUGAUUACAGAAACCUUACCCUCAGUGGAAGGGGAACAGGUGGAGAUUGAGGUUAUAGGGGAAGGGGCCAUUGUAGUGGAGGAGUCGGGCUUGGAGGAGGUGGUCGAUGCAGCAAAGAAUGCUCAGGCAGCGUCAGAUGACUCUGCUUUGGCUCUUCUUGCUGACAUAACUAGCAAAUAUCAGCAAGGGGAACCUACGCUACAGGUCAUCAAGAAGGGAGGACUAGAAGAGGAGGUCGUGUAUCAAGAGGAAACUGUGACUGCCUCCAAGGUGCUGGAGAAUGUCGAGAUCGUAGAGGUCCAGAUUUCCCAAGUGGACAAUAUGUUCCGCUGCAGCAAGUGCGACCGCAGCUUCAAGUUGUACUACCACCUCAAACAGCACCUGAAAACACACCUGGGCUCACUGGAAAAGCCGCACGUGUGCAACCACUGCGGUAAAGCCUACACGCGGGAGGGUGCCUUGAAGCAGCACAUCAGCACGUUUCAUUUUGAUGCAGAGGAGCUGUCUCGAAACCAGAAACCCCAAAAGAAAGUGCAUGUUUGUGAAUACUGCAAGAAGCACUUUGACCACUUCGGCCACUUUAAGGAGCACUUACGGAAGCACACAGGUGAAAAACCUUAUGAGUGUCCAGAUUGCCAUGAGCGUUUUGCAAGGAACAGCACUCUGAAGUGCCAUAUGGCAGCCUGUCAGAAUGGGGCUGGAGCCAAGAAAGGACGCAAGAAACUCUAUGAAUGCCAGGUCUGCAGCAGUGUGUUCAACAGCUGGGACCAGUUCAAAGACCAUCUUGUGAGCCACACAGGAGUCAAGCCCAAUCACUGUACCAUGUGUGACAUGUGGUUCACCCACCCUAAAGAGCUAAAGGCCCACCUCAAAGAUGUCCAUUCCAUCGAGGACAACAAGUCAACUGAAGAACUAGUCAUUACUGACUCUGCCGCCACCGCCGCCCUCGCCAUAGCAACGCAGAGCAUAGAAGGAGCUGAAACGGUCCUGUUGGAUGACGGAAUUCAGGUCGAACACGUAACUGUGGAGCCUGUAGAUGUGAUGGAGAUGGAAGAGACUGCAACAGUUGUGGUGGAGGGGGGGGGGGUCGCAGAGAUGUGCGAGGAGGACAUGGAGAGAUUGAAGCAGGCAGGGGUGCAGAUCCAGGUGGUGCAUGUGACCACAACUGAAGUUGAUGGGCAGCAGGUGGUGAACUCUCAGGUGGAAGUAGAAAUGGAGGGGGAGAUGGUGAAUGUUGAGGAAGUAGAAUAAGCAGUGGUUGUAUGAGAAUGUGAAAAGGACCGUCUUAAAUGACCCGCAGGACACACUUUCAGUCCUGAACGGCUGCAUUAUCCUGUAGCUGACAUCUUUGUUUCCACGCAGAACACUGCAUGUGGGAUACAGCAUGUCACCUCAAUAUGUCCUGCCGUCUUCCAUCACAUUGAAUGACUCUGUUCCCACCAACAUCACCCUUUGAACUCUGAGUUAUGGACAGAGAUGUAUAACUUCCUGCUAAUGAUGCUGUAUUUAUGUUAAAGCUGUUUGUUGAUGACUCUUCAGUGCUUCACAAAUUCCUCUUCGUGUGUUUUUUUUUUUUUUUUUUUUCUGUGUCCUUAUUUUACCUCAGAUUUAAAGUUUGUUCUUUUAAAUUGGGUCCUUUGCCAAGACAGUUUGACAAUGAAUGAAAUGUUCUUGUUGCAGCUCAUAUAAAAGCUGUUGUAUGGUGCUGAUGUUCCUCAGUGCAAAUGCUACAGCUUUGUUCAAGCUUAUUUUCUUAUUGACUUAUGGUGUUUUUGUAGGAAAAACUCAGAUAUGGAAUAAAUAUGGUUUCCAGAAUGGGCCACCAAGUCUUGCAUCCAUAUCCUGAGAUCUUAAUGCUCUCAAAAUCAAAAGAGUGAGGUACAGAUAAAUUUAGAAAUGCUGUUGUCUUUUUUUUUUUUCUUUUUAAGUUCUUCAAUUGAUAAAAUGGCAUAAAAAGUGGUCCUUAAUAUAUAUGAACCCUCAAUUAUCACCCAACUCUGCAGUGCCACUUAGCUUUACAGAAUUUUUAAGUGACUUUCAGCUCAUUGUUUGGGUUUUUAUGACAGGGACUUUUACUGUCUUGAUUCAGUCUCAGACCCACUGUACGGUACCUGCCCAGCACAAAAUGUACAAAUACAGAGUUAGCUACUAGCUGGUGAACAAAGUGGAGCAUUUAGCAGCAAAAGAGCCAGAUAUUUUCGUCUGGAGCUGUUGGAAACCAGAGCAAAGCUGAAAGCAAACUAAAUAUUGGACUUAGAUUCAUCAAGUAUCCAGAAACACAACAGAAAAUAAAUGCUUAAGUUGGUCCAUAUCUGCAAACAGCUGUUUGCAAACAAGUCCGCCCUUUUACCCUUACAGGGUGACUGAUUGUGCCAACGUUGUGUUUAUAGCCUGUUUGCCCUGCCCCCAAGUGGCUAAGAAAAAAAAUCUGUUAAUGUAGGAUUCA